UCAUUGUUACUUCUGUCACGUUUGCGACAGUGCAACAUUUUACGACUUACAAGACAACAGGUUUGCCUUGGUUAGCAGUGUUGAGUCAACAGAAAGCUCCGACUGCGUCCCGUCUAUAGCCUCCGUUAUUCAACAUAACAACCACCAACAUGAACAAGUUUUUAACAGGGAUGAAAAGAAAAGCGGAGAGAAACAAAGAUAACGAAACAAAAGAAAGUCAGCCGAAAGCUAAGACGAGGAAAUACGACGAAGCGUAUUUAGCGCUUGGCUUCACUACUUGAAACACGAUUUGAUAAAGUUAUUCUUUGAGUGAACUAUUCCGGAGAGCGGGGGUGGAUUCGGGUUUCGAAGGUUUACCAUUUUGCGUGAAACCAGGAAAGACUAAAAUAACUUUAUCCACCACGGAAACGAUCAUUUUUGCUGAUGUGAAUCUUGGAUUAGUAUGUUGUGUAUAUACUUGUUAUUUUCUUGUCAGUCGUGUGCAGCCAGUGGAAUCUUCCUUAAACCCUGUCCAUACCGCGGUCGCCGUGGAGUGACGUCACAUCUGUCCGUGAAGUCGAAGUCGUCUUUAUUUCUCGACUUUGCAACUCAGACCUUCCGGUUCAAAGGGGCGUUCAAGUGCACUUUUCUUAGUUGAAAGUCGGAGAAAGCCCGACAUCCUGUAAUGGUAUAAUUUGAUGUUAAAACGAUGUGUGAGCAGGCGGCGGAGUAUUUUCAGGGUCAGCUAAAGAAGAGAGACGCUGCUGAGCUGCGAUGGUCACACGCAGUGAACAGCAGAAGCAAACUGACCGAGGCUCUUCAAGGUCCUACUCAUAUGAUUGAGGCUGACAUAAUUGUAAGAGGCUAUGACCCUAAGGAGCCAGUCAUGGGCCACCCUCCUGACACUGACAGUGACAUCACAUUGAAAGAGUGGCUUGAAUAUGUCACAUUGCAUGACAAGGGGAUCAAGCUAGACUUCAAGAGCCUGGAGGCGGUGUCUCUUUCCGUGGGCCUGUUGCAGCAAGCGUUGGUUCAGAUGACCUCUCCUGUGUGGGUCAAUGCCGAUAUCCUUCCAGGACCUGGAAUUCCGAACAAACCACUGGACCCUCAAGCUUUCUUGGCAGCUGUAAAGUCUCUUCCCACUAAUAUUGUACUCUCCCUUGGCUGGACCACAAAGUGGACCACAGGGACUGACAAUCCAGGUUACAGUUGGGAAAUGGUGCAUGAGAUGCAGGACAUCUGUCGAGGCUUGGAACAUCUUGUCACCUUCCCAGUACGGGCGGCCCUUUUGGCCCAGUCUGUCUCUCAACUCGCAUGGCUGCUGCAACAGUCAGACAGGUAUUCUCUAACUGUGUGGACUGGACAGAAUGACAAAUUUAAAGUAGAGGACCUGCUACCUUACAGAACAUGUUUUGAUGUCAGCAGGAUCUGCUACGACCUACCAGAGGUGCUAAGGAUGGAACUGACAGACUUUACAAGAUCAGACAUGAGGAAUAAUUAGUCAUGCUGAAUAUGGGAACCUCGACACCUCUGGAUGUGCACUGUGCCAGCCACUUCUACAUUCUAUUAUAUACGUAAAUUAAAUAAUAAUAAUCCUUAUUGUGUUUUACAAUGCAUUUGGUUAUGCUAAAAGUGCCGCCUUGACAGCGUCCAUGCUAAUCUCUGCUCCAUUAUUUUAUCUUUUUUUUUUCAAAGAAAAUAGUCAGGCCAUUAGUAUCUAGAGACAGUGAACUUUUACGACCAUAUUGUCUGUAAUGGAGUUCAAAUUUAGCAUUUAGGGAUUCCAACCAGUGGUUGUAUAAAUUAAAAAAUACCGUAUUUAUUCUAAUUAUCGCCCAGGGCGAUAAUUAGAGAAAGUUUAUGUCCAACAGUGGGGGUGAGCGAUUAAUAGAGAACACUUUUUCUCUGAUCGCCAAGGGGCACUGAAAUGGGCGAUAAUAUGUAUAUUUUCCUUAUGUAGUAUGCAAUACCUGCAUCUCACUGGUGUUCUUAACACUAGAACAGCGGCUGUUAUGAGCUACCUCUAACAGCGGGGUGCGUCAAUUGACGCCGUCGCACAUCACAUGUUGCGCACGUCAUGUCAUCGCGAUCGUCUUGUUUGAGCGCACGCCCCGAUCACGUAAUUGAGGAUAUUGUAGCGGAGUGACGAGUAUCAUUGUAUCAUAGUUUACGGAGAAAAACAUUUUUAAAAGGACAUUCGACGUGCUGUCAAAUUAGUCAUAUUUAAACUUGGGCAAUGACGUCGGCAUGCGGUCGCGGAGGAAAACGUAAGUUUUGCAGGGAAUAUUUAGCAGCAUGUGCGAUAAUUACAGGUAUCAAUGUUUUUUAUUUAUGUCAUCGCUAACACACACUGGGCGAUUAGAAUAUGGGGGAUAAUUAGAAUAAAUACGGUACCUAAAUUCUGAGCGCUCAACAUUAGACCCAUUUUGGUUCCAUGACUACACUUUUUAGGAUAAGCUCAGGCCACCGAAUUUUCAAUUGACUAUUAUAUUUCUUGCUUUUUUUUUUUAAUGGGUUAAGUCAUUUGACAUCUGCACUGUAUAAUGCCAUCCUAUCCAUUUUUUAGCCUUUGAGCUAAUGAAACCCCCAUUGUGGAAUCAAACAACAACAAGCAUCUACAAAGAAAUCUGUCUUUUUUAUGGGAUAAAAUAAUACCUCAAGAA